UUUUAAUUUCUCUGUGCACAGAUCUGCUCAACGGUGUAGAUUAGGCUCCGGUUAAACGCAUUUCAGGAUGGCCACAGUCAAUCAUAAUGCACUCAGCCCGGAUAGUCUAAUAGUGGCUAAAACCAGUCUGCGGCUCUGUCAGAAAAAACCCAGAGAGUGUCCACAGUGCGAUGGGUUACACCUGUGCAAGUAUUUCGUAUGCGGGGACUGUACGUUCGGACACAAGUGUAAAAAUCCCCAUAGUGUGGCUUCUACACACAAUGCAGAGCUUUUGAGGAGACAUGGUCUUCAAGAUUUGACAGAGAAGCAGUUGUUCCAGCUCUUACUGCAGAAUGAUCCUUACCUGCUUCCUGAGAUUUGUCCACAUUAUAACAAGGGCGAUGGCUGCAAGUUCACGACCUCCUGCAACAAACUUCACGUCUGCCAGCAUUACCUCCAGGGCGACUGUAAGUUUGGCUCUUCCUGCAAGAGAACCCACCAUUUCAAUGCCCAUGGAAUGAAGAUCUUCCGAGGAUUCAGUCAGGAGAAUAUUGAAAAUCUUCAUGAGAUCUACAGAAAUAAAUUCAUCAUUGUGGAACAGCAGGAGAGAGGAGCCACUGCUGGUCCUGUGCUGCCAGAGGCGAGAAUCCCCUCUCAGCAGUCUUCCCACAGCAGACCUGCAUGCCUCACGAGUUCUUCUCCAUCGAAAGCCAUGAGUGAUGCUGACAGGAAUGAAAUCUGCCUCUUCUUUAUUCGCAGACACUGCAGCUUCAAAGAGAAGUGUGCCCGUGUCCAUUGGCACCUGCCUUACAGAUGGCAGGUGUUAGACAGCGAUGGUGUGACCUGGAAGGACCUGCCUAACAUGGAGGACAUUGAAAAGGCCUACUGUGAUCCAGAACAUGACAAAGACUGCAUGGCAACAAUAGGGACUCCCGGAUUUCUGUCUAUUCAAAGCUCUUCACCCUCCCUUGUGCAGUCAGUUGACUUCAUGGCGAUGACAUUUAGAGGUUCUCCAGUUAGUCGCCUGUCCACUGCCUCGUCUGUCUCGAAGCCCCCCCACUUCAUUCUUACAACAGAGUGGCUUUGGUACUGGAAGGAUGACAGUGGGAAAUGGCUGGAGUUUGGAAAGAGCGAUGGUGACACACCAGCCUCUAUUACAUCUCAAACUCUGGAGAACGUCUACCUGGCAGACAGAGAUACAGAGAUUCCUUUUGGUGCUGGCAAACAGCAGUAUAUUCUCUACUUCAAAGGUGCACCAGGAACCCAACAGAUGUAUCAGCAGAACGUAAAGUACAAAACCAAGAGAGAGGUCAGAAGGAGGCCUCGCUUUGUGUCUGCUCAUGACGUGGAGGUGAAGCUGAAGAGUGCAUCACCUCACAACUCCAGCUCCUCCACCGAUGAAAGUUUCCCAUCCUACUGGGACAAAAAGGCCCUACCAGAUGUUGGAUACAAGCUCAUUACUCUCUCCAAAUCUGCAAAGGAGUUUGAAAGGAUUGAGAUGUUGUUUAAGCACACCAUGACCAAGAGUAGUAUUAACAGCAUCCAGAGGAUCCAGAAUCCCUCUCUGUGGACAGUCUUUCAGUGGCAGAAAGGGCAGAUGAAGAAGAGGAAUGGAGGGAGUGCUGUGAAUGAGCAGUACUUGUUCCACGGGACAGAUGAGUCCCUGGUUGAGGCCAUCUGUGACCAGAACUUUGACUGGAGGGUAUGUGGCGUCCACGGCACAGCCUAUGGCAAAGGAAGCUACUUUGCCAGAGAUGCAUCCUACUCAGACAGAUAUUCCAGAAACAAAAUAAGCCUGAAGAAGACCAUGUUUGUUGCUCUGGUCCUGGUGGGGGAGUACACCAGGGGAAGCAGGAGCUACGUCCGUCCCCCGGCAAAAGAAGACGGCAAAACCUUCUACGACAGUUGCGUUGACCACAAGAGCAACCCUGGCAUCUAUGUUGUCUUUGAAAAACAACAGAUUUAUCCAGAGUAUCUUAUCAACUACUCAUAAGUCACAAUUCUGUCGUUUCUAUAUUUGAGGAUGUUUUUACUUUGGAAUCUAGUGGCUUUGUGGGGUUUCACAGUGAUAGAGAAUGCAGUCAGUUCCUUUACUUCAGUGAGAUAUUGAAUAUAGGGCUUUUUAUUGUAUUUUUACAGCAUGGAUUUUUCACUUAUGCUUCAGUAAGGGUAUAUAUUAAAUUGCUGGAUUAUUAAAUGGUUAUGAAACAUUUUAAAGAAGCAAAUCUUUGAGGUGGUGGUAGUGUGAACUUAUACACUUUUGGGCAGUUUGAGUUGAUACGUUACAAUAUUAUCCUCUGAAGUGUAGUGGAUUAUAGGUAUGAAGUAGAAAAAAUGGGAAAACUUUUUCUGUGUAGUCAUUACCUGUAUACCAACAGAAAACAAUGCUUUUUUUUGGCCAGUAAUCUGUCAAAGAAUGUCUGUCAAAGGUCAUUCAUUAAAGUUCAAAUGAAGGGGUACUGUGGGCAACAAAUCAUCUUGUUCAGUUUUGGAAUGAAAUUCACUGAUUGUUAUGUAAUAAACACAAACUGUCAUUAAAGUA